AUGGCAAUGGCUCUUCAUACAAUUGCUUCAUUUCUUUUCUUCUUAACACUAACUGUCCUUAUGUUGUUCAAUAAUUUAGCUGCCUUUGCCACUCCCUUAACAUUCAACGUUCUGGAUUUUGGAACCAAACCCAAUAACGCAGAAACCGACUCCUCCAAGGCCUUACAAUUGGCAUGGAUGCACGCUUGUAGCUCUUCUAAACCAGCUACCAUUUAUGUGCCUAAGGCCAAAUUUUAUGUUCGUAGUGCAACUUUCAAUGGCCCUUGCAAAAAUAAUGACAUUACUAUACGUAUUGACGGCACUCUAGUGGCUCCUUCAGAUUUUCGUCUCACUUCCAAUUCUGAAAAUUGGAUACUUUUUCACAACGUUAAUGGAGUCACUGUCAUAGGUGGUAUUAUUGAUGGUCAAGGAACUCAGCUUUGGGCUUGCAAAAAUUCUGCCAAUACUUGUCCUUCUGGAACCACGUCACUGGAAUUUACCAAUUCACAAAACAUAUUGGUGAAUGGAUUAACUUCACUGAAUAGUCAGAUAUUUCACAUAGUUGUAAAUCAAUGCCGUAAUGUAAAAAUGCAAGGGCUAAAGGUCUUCGCCGCUAGCAACAGUCCGAACACUGAUGGAAUUCAUGUAGGAGAUUCAUCUCAUGUCACCAUCCUCAACUCUAAUAUCCGCACUGGUGAUGACUGCAUUUCCAUAGGCCCUGGAAGUUCCAACUUAUGGAUCGAGAAUGUUGUUUGUGGACCUGGCCAUGGAAUUAGCAUUGGAAGUUUGGGGAAAGAGUUAAAAGAGAAGGGGGUUCAGAAUGUGACAGUAAAAUCAUGCAAAUUUAUGGAUACUCAAAAUGGAGUGAGAAUAAAAAGUUGGGGAAGACAAAGCAGUGGGUUUGCAAAAGAUAUUCGUUUUCAACAUCUCACAAUGACUAAUGUUCAGAAUCCUAUAAUUAUUGAUCAAAAUUAUUGUCCCCAUAAUCAAGGUUGUCCUGGACAGAGCUCUGGAGUUACAGUUAGCGACGUGAAAUACAAAAACAUUCACGGGACAUCUGCCACACCGGUGGCCAUCAAAUUCGAUUGUAGCCCAAAAUUUCCAUGCAAAGGAAUAAAGCUGGAGGAUGUGAAGCUAAGUUACAAGAAUCAAGUAGCCAAAGCUUCAUGUAGUAAUGCUCAAGGAUUUGAUGUUGGCCUGGUUCAGCCCAUGGGUUGCUUUUAGGGAAAUUUAUAAAUUAUACAUAAUUACUGGUAUGUGUAACUUAUGAUUUUAAAUCAUACA